UCCUCUAUCCGGUUAUGGAGGUCUGCUAGAAAUACAUUUAAACGCAGCUGCGGUCAAAAAUACGACAAACCUCCUGUCAGGAAUCAGAAACCCAACGCUGUUUUAAGCACUUAAUUCAAGGUGAUCAGCGUUAACCAGCGGCUUAACAACCAUUAGUCUUCAGUUAAGAUGCCAGUGGCUGUAGGUCCGUAUGGCCAGACCCAGCCCAGCUGUUUUGAUCGGGUCAAAAUGGGCUUCAUGAUGGGGUUUGCAGUGGGAAUGGCUGCUGGGGCCAUGUUUGGCACUUUCUCCUGUCUCAGGAUCGGAAUGCGGGGCAGGGAGCUAAUGGGAGGAGUAGGGAAGACCAUGAUGCAGAGCGGGGGCACAUUUGGCACCUUUAUGGCCAUCGGUAUGGGCAUCCGCUGCUGAGGAGGACAAGGAACGACCCCCUCCACCUCCGCACCUCGGUACAGCUAUGGGACUUUUCAAAAAACUACCACCACAGAUUUCUGUUCGCUCGAUGCUGUCACACUCUCAACCUGCAGUCCAGUUUUGUCAAUAAAAAUUCUGAUUUGUCAAAUGGG